AUUUCAUCCUCCAUUUGAUCGGCUGAAUAAAAAACAUAUUUAUUUUAAGGAUGACCAAGUUUGUCGAAUUUUUUUGGGUCGUCGUCAUGGCGAUCUACGCCGUGCAGGGUGCCACCCUUAAUAAUAAGGAAGCCAAAGAGAACGGAGACCUAAAAAUAAAGCAGCUCGAAGUUGGCGAUGGUCUGCAAUCGAGUUGUCCAUCUUAUUGCGAUUACUGCUCAAGUAACAACUGCUACUACUAUGAGGAUGAAUUUCCGACUGGUUGGGUAAUUGCCGCCGGUAUCGUCGUCUUUCUCAUCUUCUUCGUCUGUCUUCCAGUCGGAAUUUGCUUCUGCUGUGGGUACUGCUGUUUUGCAUCUUGUCGAAAAGGAGACCAACCGCAGCCGCAAAUUAUUUAUGUGCAAGGACCACCUCCACCCGGAUGGGACCAACAGCAGCAACCACAAGAGUACGGUCAACCAGUUAGUACUUAAAUCCAUACAAUUUGGACAAAACUUAUAAUUAAAAAAUUCUGUAAUUAUUGCAAAAUUAUCAAAAUUAUAUAAUUACCUAAAUAAAAA